UUUUAUGAGAUUAGAUACAGUAUUUGCAUUUCUUGAAUUUGUCAUGCACAGGAAUUGAUGGAUCGUAGCGGAAUAAUGCAUUUAUUCAAUUUUCUCUGCAUUGCAACUUAUUUUGCCAUGGGGGAUACGGCGUAUGAUACAUUCCUUCUCAAAUAUAACUCCCACGCAGUCUUUGAUUCUCGAGUACUUGAGAAGGCAAUACUCUCUUCAUCAAACUCGUCUGUAAGUAAUACAAAUGAAGCACUGGAAAUUGAGAGCAUUAGUGCUCAGUUUACACUCAAAGAAUCUGCUGAUGGAUUAUUGUUUUCCGUCAUUAAGUUGAAAAAUAAGAGGCCUGAAUCUUGGUUUGCUCUGAAUCUGAAGAACAACCAAAUGAAGCUACUUCUUGGGAAGAACGGAGGUGAAACUUUAACAAUUCCAUUGAUUGGAAAAUCUAAUUCUGAAGAAAUGCCACAAAAAGUAUCUAUUACAAGAGUUAACAACGCGAUAACCCUCGAAUUCAACAAAGGUCGGCCUUUAACAUUUCAUAUUUCUGAGGAACACGUUGACACUUUCACAAUAAAUCAGAACACCUUGCUAACUCUAGGACGUCCAUUGCGUUUCAAGUCAAUAUUCCCGCAAAUGGAAACUCUUUCGUCGUGCAUAAAUAGGCUUUCCAUAAAUGGAAAUGAUGCAAGUAUCUCACCAGAAUCUGCAAGUUUUUUAAAACUAGUUGAUCGAUGUCAACUUUCAUCUGCAACACAAUGCCGGUACAAAUCUUGCGAGAAAAAUGAAGUCUGUUUCAAGACCAUUGGAUGUGAUGGUGCAUUAGAUUUUGCACAUAUCCAAUGCAGUAAUGGUAAGGAUACGAUAAACACGAAUGCGUACAAGAAAGUGGGAGUCAAAUUGAAAAAAUUAGCAAAUCCAAAAAUACUUCCUUGGAUACUCAUGGAUCUGGGAAAGGUGAAAGCGUUUCAUGGUGCUUCUAUCACUGUAAUAUCCAAGGCUAACCAAGAUCCUGGAUUCACAAACUUCUAUUUAGAAUUUGGCCAAAGUGAUUCUGAAAACGAGUUUUAUCCUUAUACGGAAAACGGAAUUUUGAAGAUAUUCUCUACGAUGAUACAUCUGAACACCACGUUAGUUUAUUUGUCUUGGCCUGUACUUGUAAAAAGAGUAAAAGUAUAUUUUGUUGAAUACAAUCCAAAACAAAAAUUAAUUUUCAAUGCAAUUGGAUGUGAAUACAUUGAAGAAGUCGCCGACUCUAUAAAUUUAUUGCCAGGUUGGUCAAUCUUGGCGGAAAUUAAUCUUUCAAAUUUCACCGCUCGAUUCAAACAAUACGGAGAGAUCUUGAAUGAAAAAUUACAAUGCAACGAAUAUGAUUCUCCGACUGGGUCGACAUACAAAAAUAGACUUCUUGAUUAUUGGGAAUAUAUGACAUACGAUAUAAUCAUAUUGGAAACGUGGGCGCCGAAGUCAAAUGCGUAUAAACAACGUCAAUAUCAGAAAAUUGAGCAAUGGAAAAUGAAAAAGAGCCGAAACUGUAAACUACCUCGGACGAAACUGCAAUUUAUGCAAACUCUUCGCAAGCAAGAUAUUUUGGGAGAAUUAAAAAAUAGCAAAAUUAAACAAUCAGUUGACGAUACAUUGUGCAAUUUUGUUAGAACGAUUGGAGAUAAACGCGAAAUUAGAGGAAAUGAGCUAUUGAGGAUGAAAAUGUACAAAUCUCCAAAUAUAUUCGAUCGAUUUGUAAAAUAUGAUAAACAACAGAUUGUUCCCUGUGACGACGACACAGUUAAAACUGUUAUUACAUCAGAGGAGUGCGCAAAUUUGUGUUUGUCAAAACAAGGUUGCAAAUCGUUUGGUUUUUCUAUUAUUGAAAAAUUAAAAUCUGGAAGUGAUGGAUCUUCAUAUUCAAAAAAUUUCCGAUGUGUUUUGAGUUCUAGAAGAAAAUUUGCGUCCAGUGAAAAUGGAACAUCUUACUUGCUUCCAGAUUACAUUGCUGAUGGAUAUAUGGAAAUUAAAAAAAAAUUCAGUCUUCUCAAUUCUGGAUCACAAUGUGCAAAAAGGACUGUAUAUAAUAUGUCACCAGGAUUUCAGAACACUUUAAAAGAUGAAGUGCAUUUUGAGAUUUUUGGGAUUCACAACACAAGUAUCUUUUGUCGUCCAAGAGAAACUAAAGGAUAUAUAAAUAUCAAAUUUAUCAAAAUGUCAUUAAGAAAUAGAGAACACACUGUUGCAUCUGUAGAAUCCACGAUAAUAUCUAAAGUCAAAAGAAGUUGUGAAGGAAAUACGAAUUGCACCGUUCGCUUUGCAACUGGUAAACAACCCCUCAAUCAACUAUCAAAAGAUACAAUCAUAGCAAUAUUAUACGAAUGCAUUUACCCAUUGAAGAAAAUAACUGAAGAUACGACAACAGCACCAGAGCUUGGAACUUCAAUUUAUGGCAAAGUUUCAGCUACCACGAUGUCCUAUAACGACACCAUUAAUGACGACAUCAAGUCUCCGGAAGCUCCUGCCAAUUUAGUAUAUUACAUUAGUUGUCCGUCGACCACCACGCGGAAUAUUCAUUGGCCUGAUAGUCCUAUUGGACUAAUACCUCAACGCUGCCCAAGAGGAUCUUAUGGUACGGCAUAUUGGUGGUGCGAACCGGGUGGCUGGUCAAAGCAGAGACCUGAUUUGAGCAAAUGUUUUUCACUGCUCACACAAAAGUUUGAAGACAAACUGGACAGUAUUGGAAAACAAGAAAAUAGGACGCAGUAUGAAUUACUUUCUCUUGCUGAAAUGCAGUCUGAAAUAUUACAAGACAAUAGUACACCGUUAUUUGGUGGCGAUUGGUUGAUAAGUACAACGCUCGUUAACAGAAUCAUGGAUCUUGCUGAAAAUUCUAUUUCAUCUGAUAAAAAAGUGACGCGUGCGAUUGCUGAUGCUGUAGGAGACACUGUUGAUAGUUUGCUGAAUCAGAGAAAUGAAGAAGCAUGGCAAGAUAUUACGGAGGAUGAAAAAGCAACGAGGGCUGUCGAUCUUUCCCUCGCAAUGGAAAAAUCAGUUUUUCUUGCCGCUGCUCAAUCUAAUAUUUCUGGAAAUACAAUUAGUACCAGGAAGAGCACUGUAGUACAGAUGACAUCAAUACGAUCAGCAUCUAACGAUGGAAGUAUCGAUACUACGAGAGUAGAUUUUCCUUACACCACGCCAGAUAAGACAGCAACAUCUCUACAACGGGCUGGAAGUAUCUCACUGCCACACAACGCAAAAUUUGGUAUCGAUACUGAUGUUGUGUUCGUUCUUUAUGAAAACCUGGACAAACUGUUAGGUAACAAUUUUAUAGAAAACGUAGAAGCUAACGAACAAGCAGAUGCGGUUACGGUACCUGAAUAUCCAUCACUUGAUGCAUCAAAUGCCAGUGGUCACAUUACAUCUAUUAUUUCCAAAGUAAUAUCGGCAACUGUACGGCCAAGUAAUACAGAUCUAUACGCUAAAGAGAAAGUGCGAAUCAUGCUUAAUCACCAUAAACCUGUGAACCAAUCUAAGCAUUACAACAUCAGAUGUGUUUAUUGGAAAACUGAUUCCAAAAAUGGUGGUGGAUAUUGGUCACCCAAUGGAUGCAGGUUGAUAUCAACUAGUCAAGACAGCACUGAAUGCGAAUGUAACCAUUUAACAAGUUUUGCUAUACUCAUGGACACAGUAGGAACUGAGCUGAGUGAAGAAAACGAAUUAGCUUUGUCUCUGCUAACAUAUAUUGGUUGCAGUAUGUCUGUUGUUUGUCUUCUGCUGUCUGCCAUCAGCUUCACUAUAUUACCUGGCUUGAAAUCUGUUCGUACAUCAAUCCAUCGGUGCUUAUGUGUCAGUUUAGCGCUGGCUCAAACAGUUUUUCUCGUUGGCGUUGACCACACACAAAAUAAGGUCGCCUGUUCAAUAAUAGCCGGAUUAUUACACUAUUUAUUUCUGGUAGUAUUUGGUUGGAUGUGUGUCGAAGGAUAUCAUCUGUACAUAUCACUGAUCAAAGUUUUCAGUAUUGAUAGUUCAUCAAGAAUGGCGAUGUAUUGUUCGAUCGUUCAUCUUGUUCCUUUGGUGAUUGUUGGAGUUUCAGCUGCGAUAAGAAGCGAUGGAUAUGGAACCGACAAGCAUUGCUGGCUAAGUACCGACGAUAACUUUAUGUGGGCAUUUGCUGGGCCUGUAUUAUUAGUUGCACUAAUUAACACAUAUUUCCUAAUUGUUGCGAUGCGUCUUGUCAGUCAACAUAAUGUAGCCGAUAACACAAGGCUUGAAGCAGGAAGGAAGUUGAUAAAAGGAUCCGCUGCUAUAUUAUCUUUACUUGGAAUAACUUGGAUUUUGGGAAUUUUCUUCGUCAACAAUGCUUCAGCCGUGUUUGCAUAUGCCUUCACGAUCUGUAAUGCUUUCGAGGGUGUUUUCAUCUUCGUAUUUCAUUGUUUCUUCAACAAUAAAGUAAGAAAUGAAUGGCGUAAACUGAUUUUGAGAAGUUCGCUUUGCCCAGCUAAAUUCAAGAGAAGUAAUCAAUCGUUUUUAACUAUAAGUUCGACGAGAAAAGGAACUACAUCAAUUAAUUCGACAGUGGUACUGCAGAACAAUAGUGCAGUAACUCUUACCUACGUCAACACUCUUGUUACAUCGGAAGGCGACGCACCAUCACAACAUAAUGAGUCAAUGUCAAGCGCAAAGCCUGUUAUAGAUCAGCCGAAUCUUCCUGAAUGGCGUAAUAAACAAUUUAUUUUAACUCCAGAAGAUUUGAUGAAAACGGGCAUCAAGUUAACGACAGACAUCCCUCUUAACUUCAAUAAUACAAACAACAAUAAUAACAAAAUUAGCAAUCCAGUUACAUCACAGUUAUCUAACUAUGAGUCAAAUAGAACAGCAUCACGUGUGAAGUGUGACGAAGAAAGUGCUUCAAGUCCUGAGAACCCUGUUGCACGACCAUGGAAAUGCCAGUAUUCCAGAUCACUGUACAGCAAACGACCUUCAGAUCCCGCUUUGUCUGCAAGACAUAGGCCGCUGCGAGCCACGCUCUCCCAAGCCUCAAUAUCAUCUUCUGUUCUUGGACACGAGACCCGGUAUAACUCAUUUAUGCAUUCUGCUAAAAACUUGCAACUAACUCGCCACAACACGAGCAUGAAUUUGACAUCGUGCAAUUCUGAAAAGAAAAAUCCGAUCACAUCAAAGAACCUUUCACGUACUGAAGAUAAAGGAGACAAUCCCAAUGCCGAUUGUCCAUCAGGUUUAAAGGGAAAAGCGAGCAGAAGAUUUGCUUCUUUACUUCUGAAUACUGCUAUUAAAACUAAGUCGAAUGAAAUUUCAACAAAACUGUAAGAUCAAACUAUCAACAUUCAGUUUGUCUUUUACAUGUAAAUAUUUAUCACAUUUUAUGACAGACGUAUUGUUACAUAUGAGCAGUUUAUAUCUUCACUGUAUAGUGUGUACUUGUUAUUAUUAGAGAGGAGCAAAUUGAAUAAAGAGAAUUAAUCAUG